AUGCCCAAGAGAAAGGCUGAAGGGGAUGCUAAUGGGAAUAAGGCCAAGGUGAAGGACAAACCACAGAGAAGAUCCACACGGUUUUCUGCUGAACCAGCUCCUCCAAAGCCAGAACCCAAGCCUCAAAAGGCCCCUGCAAAAAGGGGAGAGGAGGUACCCAAAGGGAAAAAGGGAAAAGCUGAUGCGGGCAAGGAUGGAAAUAACCCUGCAGAAAAUGGAGAUGACAAAACAGACCAGGCCCAGAAAGCUGAAGGUGCUGGAGAUGCCAAGUGA